CCCCUCUAAAACCCUAGCCAGCUAAAACUUCAAAUCAAACAUUACAAAGCUACCACCUUUUAGCCACUCUAAUCUCUGUAUCUUCCUCCACCAUGGCUACCCAAGAAGCUCCUCGCCAACCUCUCAGCAUUCAGAUUCCUCAUUCUUCAGGUGGGUACUUUGCAACGAACAACCAGUUCUUGAAGAAGGGACCAAAAGGAUUUUCAGAGUUUAAAAUAUUGGAUAAUGACGGUGGUAUGUUCACAAGGAUGGAUUUUCCUGGCGUUAACAAGGCGAACUUGAAAUUCUCCAUUGAUGAAGACAAGAAAUCUGUUACCUUCGAAGGUGAAGCGCCGAAAGAAUCUCCAUACGAAGAGGAAGGCCGUACCUAUGUCUGGAAGACGAUGCCUCUCCAGUGUGACUGCUGUCACAUCUCCGGUGUUACUGCUGAUGUCAAACUUGGAGUUCUCCGGGUGGUUCUUCAGAAAACCGACGCUAGCGACUUCGACGGCGGAAUGGGUGAAGGUAAUGCGGCUGCAUUGGCGAGGCUGUCUCCAUUCGGACGAGCUUUUGUGAAGAUGACAAUGGAGGGGAAGAUAUCAACAGUACAGUUGGGAUCCAGCGGGCACUCCUUAGAGCAGCAUCCACAAGUGACGAAGGGCUCCGGAGAUGCGUUCGAGUGGAAAAGGACCGAGGACGGUGGGCUUUUUGUGCGCAUUGAUAUGCCUGGAGUUGGCAAGAAGAAGGCCGAGGUGGUCGUGGAAGGAGGGACCGUCAGAUUCUCCGGCAAAGCUAAGAAAGGGGAGCAUGACUGCGGUGGCCGGCAGUACUCAGGCAGCUUCUCGUUGUCGCCGCAGAGGACUGACCUUGAGGGGAAGAUUACGCACACCUUGAAGAAUGGUGUGCUGAGAAUCGUAAUUCCUGCUGCUUGAUCACUACCUGGUUACCUUUUUUUAACUGCUUCUUAAAGUACUACUAGCUAUAGUAGUAAAACUUGGUAGUUUGUUUUAAGUUUUAAGUUUUUUAUCUUGUGAUUUUAUUACUUUAUCAUGCAUGGGGUAUGAUUGCUAUAGUAAUACAUGAUGAAAUGAUCCUGCCUUAAGCUUCUGUUUUU